AUGUCGCACCUCAUCGGUUACAACACAGGUGCACUCCACCAAGCCAGCAGCGACUUCAACAACAACAUAUCAAAGAAAUACUAUCCAUCAGCCAUCGACCUGGAUGAGAACCCCAUCAUCCCGAGUCCAGACAUCUUCAGCGAACUCCAUGACUCCCAUAAGGAUAACCUACCCACUCCAGUGCAAUGCGCCGUGCAUCUAGAAUUGCUAGAAGCCUUCCAUGCGUUGCGCAUCAAGAUUCUCGACUCUAAGAAACUCGACAAGGCGUUCAACUUGGGUGAACCGACCAAGAAGAUUUAUCGUCGCAAGUAUAUAAAAGGCUUGAAAAAACAUGUCAAUGAAGAAGUCACACUAAGAAACCCGUCGUGGGAGGCCAAGCGGGACAAGAAAUGGACGUGGUACCUUGGAGAAGCAGCGCAAAGGUUUUUGGUAUGGGCUGCCAAGUUCAAUGCUUGGCUGACUCCAACGAUGGGGAAAGACGGUGUCAACGAUAUGAAGACUGGAAUAUCAAUGACUGAUUCCUCAUGGCUGCCGCCCGUGGAUAUUCUGAUGAUUUGGCAUGCUUUCCUUCUCAACCCUUCUGACUAUUUGGACUACUGCCGAAAUCAGAACUGGGACUACCUCCCAAGGGUCAAUUUCCCCUGGAAGCUUAUUCACGAUUCAAUCACGUCGCAAGGCCCUAUCCGUGAUGCCUGGGCAGUCACUGGAAAGGCCUGGGAAGUUCCCGAAGGAGAAGCAGUCAUUCCAGGCACUCUCCUUAAAUCAAUCAUUCAGCGAGGCAACUUGCAAACACAAGAUAUUGGCAAGCCAUACGCUUCUCGCUUCAUUGGCCAACUCGUCGACAACGUCGAGCGCCAACGUGUCUUCGUUGAAAAGAUGAACGCCCAUCUAUGGAUACGAAGCCCAGCACUACAAGGAACUCUUCGCCGAGCAGUCGAGAGAUAUGAGAGAUAUCUGAGACUUUUCAAACUCUACCCUGGCAAGAUGCUGGUUCCCGCACUUGAUAUUGACCUCGUCUGGCACACCAGUCAGCUCUCAGCAACAGCGUAUAUGAAUUCCAUGGAAGCACGCUGUGGCCGCUUCAUUAACCAUGAUGACAAGAUCAAGAAGUCAAAAUUGGCGGUCGGAAAUGAUGAGACCCAGACUCUCUAUCGUAUUCGUUUUGGAGAGGAGUAUACGGUUUGCUUGUGCUGGGAGUGUCAGGCUAUUAUGUCGGCCGUGGAGGAUUCUUCUGAUGGGGAUGAAUAUUUUGGAGAGUCACCAGUUUCAGGAUUUGUCAAGACACUCGCCGACAAGGUAUUGGCCGAUGUCCAGUUUUAUCGGGCUGUGGAAUCUGCAAGACGGAGAAAUCAUGUGAAGUUGCCAGUUCGCCCAGAGGAUAAGGCGCAUUCCCAGAACUGGCCGUUAGAUGCCCAGUAG